AUGUCACUGUAUUCCCACAGUGGGUUGAGUGUACUCGUGUUGUCAUGCCUGCUGAUGAAUCUGGGUUUGGUUUGGGCUGCAAUACCCGUGUCCAUGCAGGACGGCGGUAAGAUGGAAGUGCGCAGUGUAGAGGAGAUUGUUUCCUGUGCGGGACAGUUUUCUCUGGGCCUGAAUGCGAGCUUGGAAUGCUCCAAGGAUUUCUUCAUUGAGAUACUCGUGUGCCAAGAUGUCUUCUGUGCGAGCAGAUCGGCCUUUGGCACAGUCUGUGGUUCGACGUUGGAAAAGGUCCCUGUGAAUUUCGGGCUUUACAUCAAUCUCACCAUCUCAGCCAUUCCGAGCCCGUCGGGCGUCAAUUUCAGCUAUGUCGGGUUGACUGAGGGUUGCACAAACGAGACUCAUCCCAUUAGAAGUAACUCGGGCCAGGUCUCUGAAUCCAUGGGAGCGAGUUCCGAUGUCUGCAGUUGGCUGAUCCAACCACCAGGAAUAUCGAGGGUUGUGCUGUCCUUGCGAACUUUUGAUCUGGAGCAGACGAGUUGCACCAAUCGGUCUGAGACUUACCGCGUGUAUCGAUGCCUCAGCAUGGAUUGCGCUGCUUCCGCUCUAGCACAGCUCUUUACUUGUGAGAACGUCUCCAACAGCACCAUGUCACUGGACUCUGAGUAUGGAGUGAAGAUUGACCUUGAUCGUUCCUUGUCAGACACAUACACUUUGCAACUUACGUGGGACUCUUCGUACAGUAAGUGUCCUGCAUCAGAGACCUUGCUGUCAAGUGAGAUCAUCAAUGUGACCAACGGGUUUGGAGGCUGGCAUUACAACUACAACUGUCAAUGGUUCGAGACGAUUGUCACAGUGUAUGGAAUUUGA